CAAACCACAAACGUCCCAUGUACAUGUCCCGACCCGUCAAAGUAGAGGAUCGUCCGUCGCACCGCUCCCCCGGUGUCAGCAAUUCGCGCGCCCGAGACUUAACCUGGUACAUCGACCUAUCCGCAAGCACCGCCCCCGAAUCCGUCCGCGCCUCUCUCACCCGAGCCGCCAGCGAUGAUGCGCGUGCGCCUACACUUUGAGUCAUGACCGCGUCUGGAUCGCUUCGCCCACCACAACAUCGCCCACUGUCGAGUUUGCCCCACGCACCGCUACCGUUCGAUUCUGCUCCCCACCAGCCGCUGCGGCCCGUUGAGUCGCGGACCCGUCUUGGGCCGACCUAGCCCGGUAUGCUGUCCCAUCUGCGAUUUCACCGGCGAGGGCAUUCGAAUCCUCCCUCGCCGCUUCCCGACCAGCAUCCAACUUCUCCUCCCUCCUCGCUCCUCUCGCCCUAUUCUCCAGACGCCUUCUCGCCCGACCUACGCCAGGCCGCCUCCAACCCCGUCGCUCAAGCGCCCACAUUACCCCCCAUCACCCGAGUUACGUCAGCCGAAUCUGAACGGGAGCCUCGACGAGAUGCCGAUAUGACGAUCCAACCGGACCCUCGAGCCCCGCCGCCGCGGUCGCCAUACAACAGCGAGUCCAGCUUUAUAGGGGGCGUUGCCCUCAGGAAGUAUCGGCGGGACAUGGCAGCUCAAUCCACCGACACCAUAGACUCUGCCAGAGGGACUCCCCAGUCGACACUGGCCCCCGUCAAUCCUCCUGCGCCCUUAAGGCCACCUCCCCAACCCGUGAGGAACAGCAAGCAGCCAGCGUCUUUCAGUACUCCUACCGAUCUCCACAACUCAGCAGCCUCCCCAACAGGUCGUCGUCCUGCUGGCGCCCGCCUCCAUACCGAACUGCCAACACUUUCCACAACGAGCAGCAACAGCGACAACCCUAAGCCCAAAAAGGGACUGCCAUUCCUAAAGAACCCCAUGUCGACCUUAUUGAUGAGGAGGAAGAACAGCCAACAAGUCCCGAACCUUGUUCCUCUCCCGCUUAAAAACCGCCCAGAGGAGCCCAUGUACGACCCUCGUAUCAAAGGCACGCGUGUUCACGAUUUCAGUGCGCCGAGACCCAAGAGAGUCAUUCCCAGCACCAACAGGGAUCCAGCCUACGUCCUCUCUCCAUCCCAAUCUGGCACCUUGCCUGAGCUGGAGAGGUUUCCAAAUACAAUAGCUUCCCCAGUCGAGAGUGGUCAGGCGUCUGCCACAAGCGAACGGAACCCAAGUAAUGCCUCAGCGUCUGUGUACUCACAAGACUCGCUCAAACCCACCCUGAGCAACACAUCUGAUAUGAUGAAUGGGACUGCAAAUGCAAUAUUGUCCCCUCCUCAACAUGCUCCUCCGGUGCCUCCAAAGAACGAGGGACCGAUCUCGGUCCAGCCGAGGUCAUCUCAGGCAUCCCGUCUCAUCGAUGACGCCGGGUCAGUAUACUCGAAAUCAUCUACGCGUGUCGGUCGUUCAAGAGGACCCUCCCUAUCUGGUCUUUCCGGGAAAGACAUACCUUCUGCAUUACCCCGUCACAUGAAGAGUACGUCUUCAAGAUUCAGCUUCGAUAUGGUUGGCGCUGCAAAGCAAGAAAAGCUGCUCGAAGACAGGCACCGCCAGCGAGAGCUGGAAAAGCAGACAACUGAGCCCGACCCCCCGUCCAACCGAGAUUCUCGAUAUGACGAUUUUGACGAAGAUGGCUUUGACUAUGACGCCAUGAUGGAUGACGACGAAUACCCCGAGGAGGAAAUCAACAUGGUAGGGGAUGAUAUCGACUAUCUCAACAGCAGUCUUGGAGGCGGUCUUGGUAGCGGUCUUGGAGGUGUUCUUGACGAUGAGCUUGACCCUGACGACGACCAGGAGAAUUUCUCAGGCUUUGUGUUCCAAAGAUCCAACCCGACAUCUACUUUGACCAGCCCACUCAGCGCUGGAUUCAUCGCAACGCCACGGGAUGCGGAAGGGAAUGCUAUCGGCUUCGCCAUGAGCAAAAACAGCCCCGGACUUCCUGAUUCUCUAUCGCCCAAUCUCCUUUCGCCACAUAUGCUGCCAAAUUCUGACCUACAAGCUGCUGGGUUAGGAAUUCAAGGCCUCGACAUUCCGGGACCAACCAGUCUUGAGAGCGACGUUGCAUUCCAGCAACAUCAACAGCUCCCCACUACCAAUGCGCCACAGCCCGGGAGGGAGGAUGACACCUAUUACGACGAUGAACUGAUGAGAUACGAAAACCAGGAGUUCGCUGAGGAUCUCGCUGCCCCUCCAGAAUGGGAUGACACCCCUUUCGAUGAGUCUAUCUUUGACAACAACGACACUGACCAGUUUGGUCGGCCAAUUGCAGGAGCAUUUGCGCAGGCACAGGAGGAUCGGCGUGCAGGUCAACAGGAUGUCCAAAAGCGGGAAUCUGAUGACAUAACGUCUCGGUUCUCUGCUCAUUCUGACGUUUCUCAGUCAACUGCCCAUACUUCACUAAGUGUCAACGGUCAAAAACCGGCCGACGAGAAGCAACCUGAAGAAAGCACCCCAUCGUUGCAUUCGUCACAGAGCCCUGUUGCAUCCAAGGGAGAAGAACUUGAUGGUGAUUCUGUGGCUGCCUACCAAGCUGCUCUCGCUGCUGCUGCAAACAAAGCUGCUCUCUCCGGCAAAUUCCAACGCACCUCAUCACCCCGGUUAGAUGAGCCUCCUUCGUCCGAAAUGGGACAAUCACCAGACACGCCCGGCCAUGGGACAUCCUUUGAGGAUGAUAUCUAUGAGGACGACGGAUACUCAUACGAGAACAUGGCCGAUUUCGAACUCGAUGACGACGCCAUCAUUGCAGAGGCAAAUGCUAGUGCCUUGGCCAAUGAUUCGGAUGGAUGGUACGGCCAGGAAUUUGGCUUUUACUCCGCGCCAGGUCAGCAGUACGGAUCACAUAAUCCAAACCAGUCGGUCGAAUACGAGUUUUCCAACGGCGGAUUCUUUGGACCUAAGGGUGGUGUCGACCGAUCGACCAGUGGUCGCAUGGUGUCUCGGGAACCAAACCUUACGCCCAUCACGGAACGGUCCGAAUACUCUAACCGCAACUCAAUGAUGAGUCUCAACAUGCCAGGCUUCAGCUCAGGGACCCCAAUCCAGAGCCCCGGUCUUGCACAGCUUGCCCUCUUGGGCUUGGGCGAUCGCGGUGACGAGAUGAGCCUAUCAGCACUUCUUCGACUCCGGUCUAAGGCUUGGGGCAGCUCUCAAGUCAGCCUGGCUUCCAGCCAAGGUUCUCCCCGGUCAGAAAGGGGAGAUGCUCCCAACUCGCCAUGGGGGGCCACAUUCUCAAGCCCAACUAGCUACCACGCUCGGAAGAACUCGGUCCUGUCCACCGUCAGCCAGGACUCGGAUGACAAUUGCAGCGUAUCAGGAAGUCCCACGUUGACGGGGGGUAUUCCUGGUUUUACGCCCUCCUUACCACCCGUUCCGCCAUUAAUGAGCCCUGGUGCUGAAUCACCAGUGAAUAUGGGUGCUUCAACUUGGAACAUGGCAUCAAGCCCGCCAUCCCAGUUGAACACAGUCGUUUCGCCGCUUACGGACUCGGUGGGUACGCCGUUUUCACCCUCCGCGAUGAGCCCGCUCGAACGUCACAAGAGUUCUGACAGCUCGGGCUCCAACGGCCCUUCUCGACACAUCAAGUUGGGUCAUCGGCACAACGCAUCAGCUGAUAGUAUAUCAUACACAAAAGAGGAGGAGGAUAGCGGGGCUACUCGUUGGGUCCUAGAACGACGUCGGACAGGCGAGGCAGGACAAGAGAUUCUCGAGAGAGAAGUUGUCGAAGGCGGACGGAUUUAGAGCAUUCCCCUCCGCCAAUGGAUGAAUCACGAAUAAUGGGAAUCACAACAUUACCCAUACACCCUACACCGCAGGGAGGAGUUUGUGACUGGGACAGGAUAUUAUAUAUACACUUUGGGAUGUGAGUCGGAAGCGCUCAACUGCACCGGCUCCGGUAAGCUUUUUUUCUAGACGGGCAGCUCUUGAGGGCAAACUUGUGUUGAAAAGUUUUGUUUGGUGUUUGGGAACAUACCUAGGAAUUCUUGGAUAAAUGGAGGAGUGGCGAUGGUCACAGUUCAUUCUUCAAGCCUGUAGCAGGAGCUCGGGGGCUGUGAAUAUUUGACGAGGUUCGGAUAAUGAGGACCAUUGAUACCAUAAAACACGUGAAUUUCUUCCGCA